UUCGACCUUUAAGUGAGACCUACAGGUAACCAAGGGAACUUCUCCUGUUACUUAGCUUUGCACAUAUUGUGAACCAAGAUUUUUCAGCAUGGACAAGGUGACAAGAUUGGCCUCGGAGAAAGGGGUGGUGCUAUUCAGCAAGAGCUCAUGUUGCAUGUGUUAUACAGUCAAAAUUCUAUUCCAAGAGCUUGGGGUGAGCCCUAUGGUUCAUGAGAUCGACCGAGACCCUGAAGGCUGGGAAAUGGAGAAAGCUCUCAUGAGGUUGGGGUGCAAUGGACCUGUUCCAGCCAUCUUCAUUGGUGGAAAGCUGGUGGGUUCCACCGAUGAAGUUAUGUCCCUCCAUCUAAGUGGAGGGCUGAUGCCUAUGCUGAAACCCUAUCAGACUUUGUGUUAAAGAACCCUUUUAAGUAAACUUCAAAUAUCACAUUGAAAAGAACAAAAUUGGCUCAAUAUUAGCACUCAUCUCUAGUCAUGAGCUGUGUUUUGUGUAGUCUGUCCGUAGGCCUCUACAUGUCUAAUGUGCU